AUGAAGGUCCUUCUGCUCAAAGACCCUAAAGAAGACAGCUGUGGCCAGGACCCGUAUAUCAGAGAAUUAGGCUUGUGUGGACUGGAAGCCGCUCUGAUCCCUGUUUUAUCCUUUGAGUUUUUGUCUCUCUCAAGCUUCUCUGAGAAGCUGUCUUGUCCUGAAGGGUAUGGGGGACUCAUUUUCACCAGUGCCCGAGCAGUGGAAGCCAUGGAGAUGUGUUUGGAGAAGGAUAAUAAAACUGAAGCUUGGGAAAAAUCUCUGAAAGGAAAAUGGAAUGCCAAGCCAGUGUAUGUGGUUGGACAAGCUACUGCUUCUCUAGUGAGGAAAAUUGGCCUGGAUACAGAAGGAGAAAAAUGUGGAAAUGCAGAAAAGCUUGCAGAAUUUAUUUGUUCCAGGACCCCACCAGCGCUGCCGCUUCUGUUUCCCUGCGGGUCCCUCAAAGGCGAAACCCUACCAAGGAUGCUGAAGAACCAAGGGGUCCCCAUGGAGAGUAUUGUGGUCUAUCAGAAGGCCCCGCACCCAGAGAUUCAGGGGAACCUGGAGAGCUACUUCUCCAAGCAGGGCGUCCCUGCCAGCAUCACGUUUUUCAGCCCCUCCGGUCUGACGUACAGCCUCAAACCCAUCCAGGAAUUAUCCGGUGACAGCGUCAAGCAGAUCAAGUUCGUAGCCAUUGGCCCCACCACGGCUCAAGCGAUGGCUACCCAGGGCCUGCCUGUGAGCUGCACCGCAGAGAGCCCCACACCAGGCGCGCUGGCCGAAGGCAUCCGGAAGGUGCUCCAGACCCAGGGCUGCUGCUGA